ACCUUCGAUGGUGCAAGCAGAGUCCUUGAGACCAAUGGAGCCUGCCAGCAUGGGAAAUGCACCGACGCCGUACUUGCCUGCUAGGAUUAGUGAUUCAAACCAGCCACGCCAACAGCUCCCUGGUCUCCAGGAGCUUUUGAGUCCGUCUUUGAGAUCCGGUCCGCCAUCAUAUUCACCCAAUUGGCCAUCAGUCAACAACUUACAGUCUAGCUGGUCCGAUGGCCGUGCGUCUUCCUCUACCGGCCAACACAGGCCAUCUCAAGUCUUAUCGGUCCCGUUCAACCCUACGCCACCACCUUUCCAUCGUCUCUCUCUGGAUGUUUCUAGCGCUGAUCGCUUCUCUCAACCCGCUCCAAAAGCUCCUCUUGGUGUCAGACCGUCAUUGCCCGCCCCUCCUCCACCUCCUCCACUUCGCAGAAUUUCGGACUACCAGGGCCCAUGCGUGUCGGAGCAGCCGACUCAAGCUGCGCAAGGCGUGGACGGCAUGGGCCUAUCUCAGUCACAGGUGGCUUCUCCUUAUCGCGAAGACACCGAAGGCGAUAUAGCUAGACGCAUGAAUGCCACCCAAGAAAUGCGAAAUGCGCCUCCGCCCAGUAACUACAGCCUACAGUGCGUGGGACAACGGCAUAUACCCGGGGAGGGUAUGUGCUAUGUGUUCAAGGACGGUAGCACUUGUCCGACCAUCAUUGAUGGAGAACCAGUGAACCCGCUUUGGGGAACGACUAAGGCAGGCAAGGCUCGNAAAAGACUUGCUCAGGCAUGCCUAAACUGUCGUGAGAAGAAGAUCAAAUGUGAGCCUGGUGAGAAGAGUUGCCUUCAAUGCGAAAAGGCCAAGCGAGAAUGUCACAGGUUUGCGUCUCCGAGCUCAGUCACCGACUGUCUACUAAGGAAUGAAAGCAGGCCACCAGUUCCUCAAUCACAGGUCGAGCUUAUCAACAAUACGACGCUGGCCAUCCCUAAUCUUCCUCUGGGACGAGCUGACUGGUCGAGUCAAUCUUCCGGCAGCAUCGCCGUGGCCGAAGUGCCAAACCAAAAGCGCAGACGCUCAGCACAAGCAGCACAACAGGAUGUCCUGAAUCUACCGCCGACAUGGAAUCGUGAAAAGUCGCCACAGAGUGUCAAGAGGCGCAAGUCUGAUGGCUCUGCUUCCUCUCUCGACGGAGCUGAAAGACAGCGCAAGGACAGCAAAAGAGUGGACCUUGAGGAUAUGGUACAUCCCAGUCCUCGAGCCGAGAAACUAGAUCCCUCAGCUUGGGAUCAGGAUCCAUAUCUCUACGACCCUGAAGCCACUAUGCGCUUCCUGGAACUAUUNUUUGCGCAAUCCGCCCGUGAGGUCAGUAUAAUGUUUCCUCGUAAUGCUUUCACCCGCUGGGUACGACAAUGUCGCGAGAAGUGUCAACGAGAAUGUAUGGUGUUAUACGCCGUCCUUGCUUUGGGUUCUAUCUUUGCCGAGAAUGAGUUUUCCUCAUUUGCCAAAAUUUGUGCGGACAGAGCUGGUCAAGCGGUGGCGCGCAUUGAUGGAAAGUUCAGCUUAGCUUUGGUCCAAGCUCGAUUGCUUGUAGCUGGAUACAAUCAUCUUGUCGGCAAAGACAGUGCAGGCUGGGACCUGAGCGGUUCUGCUCUUAGAGUCAUUAGCGCGAUGCGAUUGAAUAGUGAAGAAGGAUGUGGAGAAGAUCUGGACGAGUUUACGCGACGAUACUACAGCUUUUCGCGUGAACAACUCAGGGAAUGUCGCAGGCGGACCUUCUGGACUGCUUUCCUUGUGGAUGACAUUCGACUUCGACUUCCUUGCAACGAGCAGAUCUACGAAGAAGGGCUGGCUUCUGAUGCACCAAUGUUUGAUUGUUUCCAGCCAGGCAUGGGACUGCAAUCACUGGACCCAAAAACGAAUACACCAAGUCCUGCGGCACACACCAUGAUCAUAGCUUCUCUCUGGACCGAUGUGACGAAACUUAUCUUCCGCCGACCUCGACAGACUGCAGAUUCGGGAUCAUACAUUAAAAGUCACGAAUCAUUAUUGGGUGAUGUUCAGGCCAAGCUCUUUGACUGGAGAUCAUCACUGCCGCCUCACCUGCAAUACAGCCGACAAAGACUUAUCGAGGCGACUCACCAUGGAUACGCAGGCAGUCUUGUGGCUAUGCAUGCUUUGUAUCAUGUCUCGCAGUUGAAAGCAGCACGCAAUGCGCACCACGAGCUUUUGUCACCCCAAACGAUUUCGCGACAAAUUCGACUCGCGCGUACGAACGCUGUCCAAUUACUCGAAAUGGUUUGCGACAUCCGAAGCACAAAACCUUAUGGAUCAGGCAAAGGCCAGGAUCCGAUUAAUUUGCUAUCUCCUUUCUUCGCCUAUGGCAUAACUGCAGCUAUCGACACACUCAGUGCUGGAGGUCUAAGAGAGGAGCUUGGCCACACUAUGAGGCUCAUCAACGACAGCAUAGCCACUCUACACGAUCUUGCACAAUUCUGCGCCAGCGCCAAAAUUCAGGCCAAGCAGACUAGCAAAAGGAUGGCACUUAUCGAGGUCCGGGCAGCUGAGGCCUUCAAAGCGACAGCCGUGGUAACAGCUCCUCGAGCAACCAACAUGGGGGAGAAUGAGAAUUGUUGGAGGAUCAGCGAACCGAUGGAGCAGGUUUUCACAUUGCAGCAAGAUGUGUGCUAUGGAACUUCUCCCACCAUCUACUUCCAAGGCGGUGAGCGAAGGACGAUGAGAGAUGUACGAGUUCUCAGGACAUUCCACAUGAACGACUCUUUGCAAGGACCAUCAAUUGACGUAAUUUCUUUAAUAUUGUACCGCUUGCCUUUGCUUGCCCCAGAUUUCGGCAGUCUUUCGCAUAUGACUCGCGCUGAUGCU